AUUUUUUAAAAUCUUAAAACUCAAUGUUUUUUGGUAGAAAUAAUGCGGCAGAGGUAUUUCAUAGGAUAAUCUUACUGAUCUUAAAAUCUCUUCCUUUACACGUUAGGCCUAUUAUAUUACUUAACGUCUUUAACUUUAAUUUCAUCAGUGCUUCAUUUUCAAUGUCAACCUCCUUGCCACAGUUCACUUGCUUGAUUUAGACUUAUUAUCAAUAUCUAUGUUUGUUUCAUGCAACUUAACAUGUGCCAGAGGCAUAUACACAACAGCUAUCUGUUACAUAGGCUUACUUACUUUGCAUUGUGCAUGAACGCUCAGCUGAUUGUUUCAGCACCCCGUGCCCAUACACAUCAACAUUUCUCUUACAUUUUGUCACUUUUUGAAUAUACACUAACGUUUUCAAUAUAAUAACGUGCUACACAGAGUUAUUUUCAUGGCCAGCAUUAACAGCUUUUGUGGGAAUCAUUCACACAAAAAUUAUACAAUACAGGAUUGUGUUUUUGUGAGAUGACUUGUGGGGGGCACCCAUAUCAAUCAUUACUCAAAAUUUGCCCGUUUCAGAACAUUGGACAGCGACUUCCGCUUCCUUUAUUUCUACUCGGUGUAUCCACUUUACGUUGUACAAUAUUUUGGUGCUUUUGUUUAAACUUUUUUAUUACUUUAGAUAUGAAGUAGUCUGAACAGCAUUUAAAAAUGACGCAGGAAGUGGCUGUAAAAAUUACACAACCAUAGCUUUAAAGACAAUCCGCAGAGGUUUGGGAAUAUGUUCACAUUGUCUCUGUAUUUAUAAAGAUUAUUGUUAAUAUUAAGAUGUUUUUCAUGACAAGUUCUCUGAACAGAGAUUCGUUUAUGUUGGAUUUCUGCAGUUUUAUAAUGUGGACUCUUAGGGCCGCUGUUGACCAGAGUGUCGACGGCUGACUGAAGGGUUGUAGCAGCACCUCCCAUGUAACGUCGACAUAAUAAAGAAAGAGCACGAUGAGAAAGAAAGGACACUCGACUUAUACAAAAUAUUGGACAACGCUUUGAGACUUUGUUUCUUUUGUGUGGAUUAUAAAGGAUCCGUUUUACGUUUGAUAUUGGAAUCGAUAUCAGUUUUAUGGGAUGUAAACACAUUGAACUUAACUGAAGCAAUUCGGAAAGAACAAUGACAAGGCAAGUACUGCUGUUCGUGUCUCUCCUGUCUGUCGGCUCGGUGCUCGGGCAGGUCAGCUACACCAUUCCUGAGGAAAUGGCCAAAGGAUUUUUAGUAGGUAAUAUAGCACACGAUUUAGGUUUACAAAUCAAACGUCUAGCAUCUGGCAAAGCUCGAAUUUAUACCAGGGACAGCGGCGACUACAUCGAGCUGAACAGAGACAGAGGAGUCCUCCUUGUUAAAGAGAGAAUCGACAGAGAGGCGCUGUGCAGACAGACGACGCUCUGUGCUUUACAUUUUCAGAUUAUUUUAGAAAACCCGAUGGAAUUUUACACGGUUACAGUCCAGAUUACUGACAUAAAUGAUAAUGCACCGACCUUUGAAAAAAGUGAAAUGAAAUUCAAAAUAAGCGAGUCAGCGAUCACCGGGGCAAAAUUUGUGCUGGAGAGGGCUGUUGAUCUUGAUGUUGGAAUCAACGAUCUUAAAAGCUACGAAAUAAAACCAACAGAUAAUUUUGUUCUGAAAGUGCACAAUAACGCUGAUGGAAACAAAAAUGUUGAGAUGGUGCUACAGAAACCUUUAGACAGAGAGAAACAGGAGCAGAUUUCUCUUGUGUUAACGGCUGUAGAUGGAGGAGAGCCGCAGAUGUCAGGAACAAUGCUGAUUGUUAUUACAGUUUUAGAUGUCAAUGAUAAUGCCCCCGUUUUUACACAGUCCACAUACAAAGCUACAGUUACUGAGAAUUCACCUAAAGGCACAGUUGUAGCUACUGUUACAGCCUCAGAUGCAGAUCAAGGCUCUAACAGUAAAAUAACUUAUUCAAUCACGAACACGUUGGAUGAUAUAAAGAAAGUUUUUCACGUAAAUGAGGAAAACGGCGAAAUUAGUGUAAAUGGAAAUAUUGACUUUGAAGAGUCGCGAAACUAUCAAAUAAAUUUACGUGCUAGUGACGAAGGAGGACUCACAGAUUCUUGCAAGUUAAUUGUAGAUGUGCAAGAUGUGAAUGACAACAAACCUGAAAUUAAUAUAAUGUCGAAGUCAAAUGUGAUAUCAGAAGAUGCCAAACUUAAUACGGUCGUUACAAUGAUAAACAUCGAGGACAAAGACUCGGGAGAAAACGGAAAAGUGGAAUGUUUUAUCAACGAGAAUAUGCCUUUCACUUUAAAAACAUCAAACACUAAUUUCUAUAGUUUAGUGACAGACAGUGAAUUAGACAGAGAGAGAGCCUCUGAGUAUAAUAUAACAGUGACCUGCUCUGAUGAGGGAGUGCCCUCCCUCUCCAGCAGCGUCACUCUCACCUUACAGAUCUCUGAUGUGAAUGACAACGCGCCUGUCUUUGAGAGGAGCUCAUAUGAGGCCUACAUUGUAGAAAACAACACGCCAGGCCUCUCUAUAUUCACAGUGAAAGCCAGAGACGCUGACUGGAACCAGAAUGCCCGUGUUUCUUACAUACUGGAGGACUCCUCUGUUAACGGAGUGCCAGUCUCCUCAUUUGUGUCCGUUAGUGCUGAUAGUGGAGUCAUCCAUGCAGUGCGCUCUUUUGACUACGAGCAGAUCAAAGAUUUCCACUUCCGCGUCAAAGCGCAGGAUGGAGGCUCUCCUCCACUCAGUAGCAAUGUGACUGUGAAAAUACCGAUCCAGGACCAGAACGACAACCCUCCUCAGGUUCUGUAUCCAGUCCAGACUGGUGGCUCUCUGGUGGCUGAAAUGGUGCCUCGUUCAGCAGAUGUGGGCUAUCUGGUGACUAAAGUGGUGGCUGUUGAUGUGGACUCUGGACAGAAUGCCUGGCUCUCCUAUAAACUGCAGAAAGCCACAGACAGGGCGCUGUUUGAAGUGGGCUUACAGAAUGGAGAAAUAAGAACUAUCCGCCAAGUCACUGAUAAAGAUGCAGUGAAACAAAGACUGACUGUCAUAGUGGAGGACAACGGGCAGCCCUCUCGUUCAGCUACAGUCAUUGUUAACGUGGCGGUGGCGGACAGCUUCCCUGAAGUGCUGUCGGAGUUCACUGACUUUACACACGACAAGGAGUACAAUGACAACCUGACUUUUUACUUAGUGUUGACUCUGGCUGUAGUUUCCUUCCUCUUCAUCACGUGUUUAGUGGUUAUUAUAUCAGUGAAAAUCUACAGAUGGAGACAGUCUCGCAUCCUGUAUCACUCCAAUCUCCCUGUGAUUCCAUAUUAUCCACCACGUUACUCAGACACUUUGGGGACAGGGACUCUGCAGCACGUGUACAAUUACGAGGUGUGCAGGACGACUGACUCCAGAAAGAGUGACUGUAGGUUCGGCAGAGCUGGUAGCCAGAACGUGCUGAUAAUGGACUCCAGUUCUACAGGGACGAUGCAGCGGAUACAGAAUGAAAAGAGCAUCCUGGAUGAACCAGACUCUCCUCUAGAGGUUAGACUGCUUUAACUUUUCCACACAGUAUUACCAAUGAUAUUCUUUUAAAUCUUAAAACUCGAA